CUGACAUCACGACUUGUCAACAGCAAGAGAACUAGUGCCUACUUGGAUAAUCCUAUUUGAAAGAGAUGUCUGAUUUCGUUCAACCCCUUAACUGUAAUCCCACGACCACCGACGCCCCCGCGAGCUUCCUCUGUCUCCCUAGCGAACUUCGUAACACGAUAUACGAACUCAUUUUACUGUCAUCUGAGCCUAUCGAUCCUUGGCCUGGGUACGAUCCACAGGAACUCACAACAGGGCUUCUCCGCGCUAGCAAGGCAGUCCACGGCGAAGCCAGCUCGCUGUUCUACGGCCAGAAUCGCUUCGAUUUUGCUGGGGUCAAUCCUGAGAAAGUAGCCUCGUUCCUCGAGCAAAUUGGUAGCCAUAACGCAGGCUGUAUUCGACAUAUCGUUAUCGACUUUCCAAAGUUCCUCUAUCUAGACCCUGGCGAUAUCACUAUCGACGAGAGCAGCGUCAGCAUCCUCGCAAACAUUCAGAGCGGCGGCGCCAAUUUAAGCACGCUUACGACGUCCCUGUAUAGCACAAAUGCCAUGGAACUUCGGCUCGACAAUCUAGACCACUACAACGUUGCCACUGAGGCGCUGAAGCUCGUCGAUACUCACUUCAGAGCCAUUUCUUCCCUACAAGAGAUCAUUCUUGAGGUAUAUGAGGAUGGACCGAGUGAUCAUCUCAGAAGGAGAAUGGAGAGUUACGGGUGGACACUGAGCACAACCGUUUAUGUGGAAGAGGAGGACUGGGACAGGAGGCUCAGCGACGCUGACUCUGAUGAUUAUAGCUAUGACUAUGAUAAUGGUGGUGAUGCUUACGACGAUUACGAUAUUGACAACGAUAGUGAUUUCUGGAGAAGAGCGGCAGACUGAAAUCAUUAUAUGCACAUCGGACCUCUUCACCCUAACAGCCCUCGAAACAGAGUUACACGUCCUCCUAAUGAAUCCUGACGACGUCGGUAUUCUGCGCAGCACAAGCAUGUAACAGGUUCAAGUUCAGUGUCCGGAUCAACGUCCAAGUACCUGCCGUACAUCGUAAAUAGUAACCUUGGUAUGCUCGUCACGAUACCAAACUCUUUCUAGCUACUUUCUUUGUCUUGGCUCUGUCUGGGUUCGUUCUCCUCGUGUCACACUGAAUGGAUAGGAUCACAAUGAUGAUGAUGAAAG